AUUAUUCUAACAAAGCGUCACUUGUGCAACGAUUUCAGACUAGAGCUGCGGCAUUAACGUGCCCACUGAAAAAAAUAUUUUUCUCGCGCCAAAUAAUUUAGCCGAUUCUUCAAAGAACUACCUAAUAUCGAUUGAACAAUGGUUUAUGGAAAGGAAUAUACCGAAAAAACAAGGCGACGCGAAUUGCAGGCGAGUUUCAGCGUUGAAAGUUACUCAUCCGAGAGCGGUAGCGACGGAGAAAUAGGUAUAACAAGUUUAACUGAUACCAGAAAACCUGCCCACUCACAAAGAGCAAAAACCAGUUUUCACCGGCUUAUAAACCAAAUGGGUUCAAGCACAAGAAAACUAGAGGAAGAAACUUCAGGGCUUCUACGCGACUUGGUAAGAUUUGUAUAGAAGAGAACCGAUCAAAAUUCAUCAAAAACGUUCCUAAGUUUCAUUUAUUAAGGUGCUGAAAAAUUAAUAGUACAACAAGGGUGCCUCCAAGACUGGGUUUCAUUUGAGGAAUGGCCACAACAAGGAUUUCGGCCACGAACUCAAAAGCUCGAACAUUUCCUUAUAAAUAUUUCUUAGAAAUAUAGUUUGAUUCAGCUUCCUACAGCCAACCAGCUGCUUCCGUCUGACAGAAGCCAGGAGAAAAGAUAAUAAGCUGUCUUUCAAAAAUAUACUGUCAGUAGUUGUAGAGACUAUGUCGAAUUCUAAAAAUAAAAAAAACGGGUGCAGGGCAUAUUUGGAGUUUAUAGAUGCAUAUUUUAGGAUUUAGAAAUUUAUAACGUUUUGAAUUAAAUAGUUAAAAAUUUCUCCAAUAACAGCACAAAACAAUAAGAUAUAAACGCCAUGCAAUCGUGAGAAUUGGGUACCUUUUAGACGAAGUCAGUAUCCGAUUAUUAACGUCGUUUUCGUCGCAAGACUAGGUGCUUAAUUACCACAUAGCAAAACUCCAAUUAUAACAGACAAUGCAAAACACGAAGUUUCAAACACUUAUCAAAACAUUUUAUUUCGGGAGUUACUAAAACAAUCACACAACAGGUAUUUUCGGUAUAAAAUUAAAAACAACUUUUUGCUCGGGUUUUUUCUUUUAAUUCUGAACAUACACUUAUCUUUUUGUAGUAAUUAUAAAAGACAUCGGAUUAAUGGGCAACCUCGAGUUAUAAUUACUUUUCCCGCGUAUUUUUAGCUCUUGGAAAGAAAUGUCUGCUUGACUAUUCUAUGUUUUUGACAUUUCACCAUGACAUUGUUUUUCUUUUAAUUAAUUGCCAGCAUUGUUUUGAAUAAUGUUUCCACUAUCACUUGCAUGCAGUGUCUCUUAAAUAAAGUUUUCAAUUUAAGUCGAAAAUUUUUAACUCCUUAUAUACUUGAACGACAGAGAGUCGAUUUUUAUUUACGACAUUUACUUGUCCCUGAGCUUGUUUUAAAAUUAUCAACAACAUUUCUUUCCGACUUCAGAGCUGUGUCGAGUUCUAGUUUAAAAGUUUAUUCCCAAACUGUCUUUUUAAACUUUAAAACGACAUCGCAGUCAUUGUUCCUAACAUAAUGAUUUCGAUAAAAGCAUGUUGACCAUGUUACGUGUUUUCUUUAAUCAUCUCUUCAUUUUCUUCACAGGAUUCUCUUCGCUCGCAGAACCUAAGCACCGGUAGACGACUUCAGCGACUUGAAAAAGUCUCAGACGCCAUGAAAGGACAAAUGGAGGCUUUUACUCUCAGACAGGGCAGCAAGCCAACGACGUCUUUAUAGCAAACCUUAACAACGCAAAAAUAGAAAAGAAAAGAACGAGGUUUUUUGAAAUUGUACGUCACUUUUUCACAUUAAUGAGCACCCGGGACUUGCAUUGAUCGUACCAAAUCAUCCCAGGAACACCCCUAGGGUUCUUUUAAGAUACGGGGAAAAGCCCUGAGGAUGAGGCUGUACGUACGACCCUAAGGAUUUCAUUCAAACUUGAUGUAUUCUUGCCAUAGCGUUUCCCGGCCUGUUUAUUAAUUGACCAGUUUCCUCCGAAAGAAGAGCGCAGGUAGAGAGUCCUCUAGAAAACCAAAGCAAUAAAAUCCCCAUGAAAUAUUUAGGUGCUGAUGUUUCACUUUCGUCUCUAUAGAUAUAAUCAAAACCAACUGGACUUAAGCGUGUUUGAUUGAAAUUUCUAAAAUAAAUUGAUAUACGGAUAACUAUAAUUUGUUUAUUGAUAUUACUCACUCAGUUAGAAUACAUUCCGGCACGCUUGCAGUGUACUACAAUUUAUUUACAAUUUGAAUCAAGAGUGUAAAAUAAGGACAUUUUUUUGACUGCCUUGAGUACACGAUUAGUUUUAAAUCAUAAUCACUUAAUGUGUGUACUAGUUACAAGUACAAGGACGCAAAACAAGGGUUCGUAUAUCAAGUAGAAAACUGAUUAUUGAUGAGUAAAACACCAUGAAAGCGUACUUUUUAAGCAAAACGCUACGAAAAACGUAACUAUUUGUCUAAUUUCAGGUUCCUAAAUAACUGGGAGUCUUGAGUGAAGAUAUGUGAUUGAAAUUUUUCCAGACAAGGACUUGCCAUACACAAAGCGCCAGUUACUCAAUGCUUGUUUAGAGAAGAGCAACCUGCGAGCUAACCUGCAAUCAGGCGAAACGGCUGAUCGCAUGCAGGCUACUUGCGAGCAAGCUCUUCAAUCAUGGCGCGCGAAACAGGCGAGCACUAGCGAGCAGUGAAGCCGCGAGACUUCACGCGACUCCCCAAAAUGAAGAGCUUGCCCGAAGGCUUAGAUGACUUAGAGAAGAAUAACUACAAAAGAUCCUCCGCGCGUUAUACGCGUACCUCAACCAACCCUCUAUCCACUUGCC